CAACUUUAAUCCCCUCAUUUACCUAAAGAAAAAUACUUUUAAUCCUCUCGAAACAUUGAAUCAAACAAAGGUUCAAUAAUCCAAAAGCUAGCUCUAUUUUACUGUUUUCCAGCUUUAGGCUCGCAUUCUUUGACUGUGCCAUGAUUUGUGGGCUAAAUUCUUGAAAUCAUUGCUUUCCUUAACUUUUGUCUCGAAAAAGCUUUGUGGGUCUUGAUUAGUUUAUGCAAAGAGUCCAACUUUCUUCUGCAUUAAUCUUAUUUUGGUGUUUUUUUUUCCUUGUUUUGCUGUUACCCACUUGAGAAUUCAUUAGGGUUUGACAGAUUUUUGGAGUUUUUGGGUUGAGGAUGGAGGGGCAAUGGGUGAAAGAGAGGGAAUGUGAGUUGAGGAGAGGGAGAUGAGUGAGGAAUGGGGUGUGUGUUUGGGAGAGAGGCGUCGAAGAGGCCAGUGGGGAGGGGGGAGGUGAGAGGGAGAGAGGAAUUUAGGUGUGCAAGAAAAGCGGAGGUGGUUGCGGAGAAAGCUGAGGAUGUAGUAAGUAAUGGAGGGAAUAAGAGGGAGGAGGAAGAGGAGAAGAAGGUUGAAGCAGCGCCAGAAGAGAGAGUACGGUCUAGGAGGCGGUCGUCGAGGACGAAUCCACGGCUGAGCAACCCUCCAAAGCACAUACAUGGCGAGCAAGUUGCCGCUGGAUGGCCCUCCUGGCUCUCCGAGGUUGCUGGCGAGGCAAUCAAUGGCUGGACUCCCCGUCGAGCUGAUACCUUCGAGAAGAUUGAUAAGAUUGGGCAAGGGACGUAUAGUAAUGUGUAUAAAGCUAGGGAUACUUUGACUGGGAAAAUUGUUGCAUUAAAGAAGGUUCGGUUUGAUAAUCUGGAGCCAGAGAGUGUUAAGUUCAUGGCUAGAGAGAUUUUGAUUUUGCGCCGUUUGGAUCAUCCUAAUGUUGUGAAAUUGGAAGGUUUGGUGACGUCCAGGAUGUCUUGUAGUUUGUAUCUUGUUUUCGAGUACAUGGAGCAUGAUCUCGCUGGAUUGGUUGCCAGUCCAGCUAUCAAGUUUACUGAGCCUCAGGUGAAAUGUUAUAUGCGCCAACUAUUAUCAGGGCUUGAACAUUGUCACAACUGCCAUGUACUGCAUCGUGAUAUCAAGGGAUCUAAUCUUCUUAUUGACAAUUGUGGACUUCUUAAAAUUGCUGACUUUGGAUUGGCUUCGUUUUUUGAUCCUAAUAACAAGCAACCCAUGACUAGUAGGGUGGUUACCCUAUGGUAUCGACCUCCAGAGCUUCUUCUUGGUGCCACUGAUUAUGGUGUUGGUGUGGACCUCUGGAGUGCUGGUUGCAUUCUAGCUGAGUUAUUAGCUAGGAAGCCUAUCAUGCCUGGUCGAACUGAGGUGGAGCAACUGCACAAGAUAUUCAAAUUAUGUGGAUCUCCUUCUGAUGAGUAUUGGAAAAAACUGAAGCUGCCACAUGCGACAAUUUUUAAGCCCCAGCAAUCAUAUACAAGAUGCAUAGCAGAGACAUUUAAAGUCUUUCCACCAUCAUCAUUGCCACUGAUUGAGAUUCUUCUUGCAAUUGACCCAGAUGAGCGUCAGACUGCUACAACUGCAUUGAGGAGUGAAUUCUUCAUGACCAAGCCAUAUGCCUGUGAACCUUCCAGCCUUCCAAAGUAUCCUCCCUGCAAAGAGAUGGAUGCUAAACUGCAAGAUGAAGCUAGAAGAUUGAGAGCAGCUGGAAAGGCUACUGGGGAUGGAGUGAAGAAAGCCCGUGCACGUGAUCGAGUAAGGGCAUAUCCUGCUCCAGAAGCUAAUGCAGAGCUUCAAGCUAAUAUUGAUAGGCGUCGUCUAAUAACACACGCAAAUGCAAAGAGCAAGAGUGAGAAAUUUCCUCCUCCACACCAAGAUGGGACUCUCGGUUAUCCUUUGGGUUCUUCACAUCCUAUAGAUCCUGUCUUUGAUCCCCCUGAUGUUCCAUUCAGUACUACAAAUUUCUCUUAUUCUAAAGCACCAAUCCAGACUUGGUCUGGACCAUUGGUUGACCCAGCUGCUGUGGUUGCUCCAAGGAGAAAGAAACACAGUGACGGGCGUCCACGCUCAAAGUCAUCCAAGAAAGACUUGCAUAAAGAAUAGAAUUCUCCUCUAAUAUAAGAGACACAAGAUGGUUUCUGGCUUCUUGUAAGAAUUUUAAUGAGGCUGCAGAAGCUGUUGAUACGAUGUUACUUAGGUACGGACCUGGAAGCCAGUUUAUUUGCAUGGAGAGGUAAAGAAAUCCCGUAUUCAUUUUUCCUAUUCCCUUGUUCUAUUUUUUGUGCGGUGAGAAGCUUCUCUAAUACUGUAUAUGUAUUAUUAUAUCUUACUUUGUAUUGAGAAUACUGCUUAGGUAAGUGAAAAUUUUAAUCAAUUUGUUCCUGGAUC